CUUACCGGAUGGGCAACUCUCGGUUUUUGUUCUUUCUCUAGUGAAAAUUAAAUAAAUAAAAUCAACAAAUUGCAAAUGGUUGGCUCUAGUUAUGAUGUGCUACGCAAGCAGGCGCGAACCCUGGAAAAUGAAAUUGACCUCAAACUUGUGGCAUUCAGCAAAAUUGGAGCUGGUGGCAGCAGCAUAAGCAGCAGCAACAACAACAGUGGCAACAACAACAGCGCUGACACAUCACCGCUGCUUGGUGAACAUGUCUUUGACUCGUUAUCUGCCGAAAUUGAGCAGAUGCUCGAGAAGUUGUCGUCGCUCAAUGAAUCCAUGUCGGAACUGCCUGCAACUGGAAGUGCAGCAAUGCACACGCUGCAGCGCCACAGGGAGAUACUGCAGGGAUACAGGCAGGAGUUCAAUAAGAUCUACGCCAAUCACACAAUGCGCAUCGAGCGGGAGGAACUGCUCCGCGGUUCUGGCCUGGCUACCAGCGGUAGUCCAUCGAUUUCCGGUCUCAGUCGACGUGAGAUGUACAUGAAGGAGAGCGGUCAUUUGAGCAGUGCCGGCAAUAUGGUUAAUGAUCAGAUUAACAUUGCCAUCGAGACGCGGGAGAAUCUUCACGCUCAGAGACAAGCCUUUAAGCGAAUCCAAACACGCUUUAACGAUAUUUCUAACCGUUUUCCAUUAAUAUCCAGUCUUAUUCAACGCAUCAAUAUUAAAAAACGACGGGAUUCGCUUAUUCUGGGGGCGGUUAUAGCUUUCUGUGUUAUCUUGCUGCUGAUAUAUGCUUUCAAUUAACAAAUGCCAAGGGCCAAAACAAAGCAUAAAGCAGUCCAAAGAUAAAGUUUCUUUUUUCCGACAAAUGCAAUUUCUGUAUGUUUUUCUUAUUUGGUAGAAUUGUGUAUAAUCAACUUGUGAUAGCAAUAAAAUGUAAUAUUUAAGUAAUACUUCAAA